CGUUAGUCUGAGUUAAGUGCGUUUGUUAAGGAAAAUAAAGUGAAAUUUUCUAAGAAAAAUCUACAGUGAAGUAUAAUAUAAAGUUAAGAAAAGUAAAACGAAGUUUUGGAUGGUGCAAUCUGCUAAUUAAUGUGGUGGCGUAUAAUUUUUUUUAAGAUGGAACUGCGAGACAUAAUUUUAUAUAUUGGACUAACGAUUUGUUUUCUGACUGAAACACAAAGUCAACGGUGGUGUAGAGCAAAUAAUGGCAACAGAGGAGAAUGCAUCUCCGUAUAUGAUUGCCCAGCGAUUCUUCGUUUACUGCAAAGACCAAGAUUAACGCCUGAUAUUGUAUCAGAUCUACGGAAUAUGAAAUGCAGUAAUAGUCCCGAUGAGGUUGAAUUUGUAUGUUGCGAACAAACUGGUCCAGAAGAGACUCAUCCAAAUCAAAUAUAUACACCAAGUAACAAUCAGGGCAAUGUAAUUGAUUUUUGUGGAAUUGAAGGAGCUACUCGAAGGAUACUAGGAGGAACUGAAGCCACUUUGAGCGAAUUCCCUUGGAUGGCUCUCUUAGAAUAUGAACGAGAUAAUGGUUCAUGGACCUAUGAAUGCGGAGGUUUCCUCAUCAAUUCCCGGUACGUAAUAACUGCAGCCCAUUGCGUUCGGGGACGAUCAGUCGAAAAAGUUGGAAGGCUCAUAAAUAUUCGUAUUGGAGAAUAUAAUACGGAAACGAAUCCAGAUUGCGUUAGUGAUGGCAUUGAAAGAAUCUGCAAUGAUCCUGUGCAGAAUUUAGCAGUAGAAGAAAUUAUUCCACAUGAAAAUUAUGUUCCGGAUAAUCUAUCAAAUAAUCAAAAUGACAUUGCGCUAAUUAGAAUGUCGGGUAAUGUUAAGUUUAGUGAGUUUGUUUCCCCAAUUUGCUUGCCAACUCCUGAUUUUGCUGGUACACCAGUAGGAAAGGAUGUUACAAUAUCAGGCUGGGGUCAAACUCUCGAGCAAACACGAAGUUCUGUAAAAACGAAAGUAAACAUACCUGUAGUUAGCUUUGAACGGUGCCAGAGGGAGUAUAAUGGGAGAACUUCCCUUUCCUCUGAGUUACAGCUCUGUGCUGGAGGAAAUUACAUUCAAGAUGCAUGCUUUAGGGAUUCAGGUGGACCACUAAUUUCUAGGCAAAAUGGUGCCUGGAUUGCUGAAGGUAUUGUUUCAUUUGGUAUUGGUUGUGGUCUCGAAAUUUCUUCGGUAUACACGAAAGUCUCUGCAUUUGUGCCAUGGAUUCAUAGAAAUAUGAGACCCUAAAAAGCUUAUUUUCAAUUAUAAGUAUAGAAAAGUAGGCAAAAAUUAUUCCUUAAAGAUUUAUUUCCUAUUUCGCCUAUCUCUUGGAAAAGUACAUUGGAAACUGCAUAGGAAUUACAUAGCAUUUAACAUACUUUUCAAUGGGUUAGACGAUUUAUUAUUAAUAGAAUGUGACACUUAUCGUUGCAACUGUGAAAUACUGAUAGUCAAAUUCCAUCUCUAAGUCCUAGAUUUAUUAUGAUUUAUGAUUCUUAUAUUGAAUAAAUACUCUGAUUACAGAUAUGA